ACUCUUGUUGGUAGAGACCAUUAGUUAAACGCAGUUAACCUCAGCCACGAAAUCUGGCUUGUUGGCUCGGUUUGCUGUUUUUAGGCCCGGCCGUGCCUCAGUGCACUCGCUCUCCCUCCCCCCAGCGCCCGCAAAUGGGCCCGUCCAGGCCGGGUGGCGCAUGCGCCUCAGAGGCCGGGAGCAGCGGGGGCUGGCCGAGCCGAGCCGGGUCAGCUGUGGAGGGCGCCGGGGACUUUGCCACCCGGAGCUGCUGCGACUCCGGCGCCCAGGCCGCCGGCCUUUGGAUGGGGAGCCUUCGCUGGUGACUGUCACUUCAGUCCUCCCUGUGUGGCUUCGAGUCGGGUCGCUCUGCUGCGCUCCAUCCCUUCUCCUAAAGAUGCAUCCUGACUUAUCUCCACACUUGCACACUGAAGAAUGCAACGUCUUGAUUAACUUGCUUAAGGAAUGUCACAAAAAUCACAGCAUUCUGAAAUUUUUUGGUCAUUGCAAUGAUCUUGAUCGGGAGAUGAGAAAAUGCUUGAAGAAUGAGUACAUGGAAAAGAGGACCAAGAGCAGGGAGCAUGGCAAUGCGAUGAGAAAAAGACUUUUUAAUCCCGCAGAGGAAUCUGAAAAAUAAAUUGCAGGCAUACCUCGUGUUAUUGUGCUUCAUUUUAUUGAGCUUCGCAGCUAGUGCAUUUUUUUCAAAUUGAAGGUUGGUGGCAACCUCGCGUCGAGUGAGUCUAUUGGUGCCAUUUUUCCAACAGCAUUUCUCACCUCGUGUUUCUGUAUUGCAUUUUGGUAAUUCUUACAAUAUUUCAAACUUUAUAAUCACUAUUAUAAUUCUUAUGCUGGUCUGUGAUGUUACUAUUGUCAUUGUUUCGGGGCAUCACGAAGCGUGUCCACAGAAGACAGUGAACUUCAUCAGCGUUGUGUGUGUUCUGACUGCUCACCUACCAGCCCUUCCCUCGUCUCCCCUUGUCCUCGGGCCUCCCUGUUCCCUGAGACUCAGCAGUAUUGAAAUUAGGCCAGUUAGGAACCCUACGCUGGCCUCUAAGGGUGCAAGUGACAGGAAGAGUCCCUCGUCUCUCACUUUAAGUCAAAAGCUAGAAGUGAUUACGCUCAGGGAGAAGGGCAUGUUGAAAGCGGAGAUAGACCGGAGCCAGGCCUCUUGCAUCAUUUAGCCAAGCUGUGAGUGCAAAGGGAAAGUUCCCGAAGGAGAUCAAAAGGGCUCCUCCAGCGGACACGCAAAUGCGAAGAGAGCGAGAGGACUUACUGCUGAUGAGAAGGUUUCAGCAGUCUGGAUAGAAGAGGAAACAUUCUCUUAAGCCAAAGCCUAAUCCAGAGCAAAGUGCUAACUCUCUCCAGUUCCAUGGAGGCUGAGAGGCGAAGAAGCUGCACAAGAAAAGCUUGAAAUUGGCCGAUAUUGGUUCGUGAGGCACAAAGGAAAGAGACUGUCGUCCUAACCUCAAAGUCCAAGGUGAAGCGGCAGGCGCUGAUGCAGAAGCUCCAGCCACGUGGAGGCAAGGCCCUUCACCAGCAAAAAGACUGACUUGCGGAAAGCUCAGGUGAUAUGGUUAGCACCUUAUAAACAAUAAAGUAUUUUUUAAUGAAGGCGUGUACAUUGAUUUUUAGACGUAAUGCUAUUGUAUACUCACUAGACUACAGGGUAGUGUAAACAUAACUUUUAUAUGUGCUGGGAAGCCAGCAAAGUCAUUUGACUCAUUUUACUGUGGUAUUUGCUUUCUUGUGGUCUGGAACCAAAUCUUUAAGAUCUCUGAGGUUUGCCUGUAUACUUCCACUAGGUGCCUUAGCUGAGAGAAGACCUAAAACCUCUUGGUGGAUAACUGAAAGAAUCUUACCUCAUUUGGUCUCCAGAACCCUUUGGACAGAAAGUGACCCAUGAGAAAUCAAGCCAUGGAGAAAUAUGGAAACCCCGAUUCUGAGUAUUUUGUUAGGCAGAGAGCCUUAGGUACUCUCUCCCUUCUGCCAACACACCUGACUUGUAACAUGUUCCCUCCCUUUGCCAACAAUCAGUUAACAUUUGCGUAACUUAUCUCCUUCAAUAAAAUAAUUGACUUGAAUCAUA